AUGUCAAGACCCGGCACCUUUCGUUCGAAAAGUAGCGACAAGGCAUUACCUUCUUUACCUGCUGGUGGACCAGGAUUAGAUUGUUCAGGAGUACCAAGAAGUCCAGCGCCUUCGUCAACUGUGGGAUUGGGAUUGGGAUUGGAGUUAAACCCCAAAUCGUCCAAACCAACCCCUAGUCAUUUUAUCCCUCUUCAACGAUUGCCUACUACCAUCUACACAUCAAGUAUCCCACCAGUCUCCUCGCCAUCGAUCAUCUCGUCUUCCCCAUCUACACCUAUUGCUUCUUCCUCCAUUUCCAUCUCAGGAUACCCAUUUCCAUAUGGUAACGAGCACUACUCAAAUUCAACAUCAACAGCUAUAAAUCGAAGUACGUCUACUACCACUUUAACUCAGUUGGCUAGACCACCUGAUAGUCCAUCUAUAUCCAUAUCAACUGCUCCGCCUUAUAUCUCGUCGUCAUUCACACCCAAAAAGAAGAAAGUGGGUUUUGGUCAAGCAGAAUCUAUAAGAUCGGAAAAGGUCAUGUUGUCCUCGUCUAUCUCUUCGACUUCGACAACUUCGUCGGGUAAAAAACCAGAUGUACCACUAGGAAGGAAAAGAUCUUCGGGUCAAUUGUUAAUGGGGAUAGGAAAGGGACUGAACAGAGUUGGAAGUGUCAUGAGGAGGAAUACGGACAGUAAUGUCGAUAAUACUUCUCCUAAUAAGAAGGGUCAUGGUGGUGGUAGUGGAAGUACAUGGAGGAAGGGAAGGAGGAGAAAGACGAAUGACUGGCAAGAUGGCUGGGAGAAAGUGGAUAGGAUAGGAGAAGAGGGCGAUGAAGGCGAUGAAGGCAUAGGUAGACCUUUUAAUGUUGGUCACGACUUGCAUGUAUCUCCAGACCUAUCCGACUUACCUGAACAAUGGCUCUCAUCUUUGAAAGCGCAAGGUCUAACCGAAUCCGACCUGAUCCUGAUCUCAGCAGCGAGGAAGAAACAGCAUGAAGCGCACCGAUUACCUCUGAGGACAACAAGCAGAUUACCUCAAGCCCCUCUAUCAGCACCUCCAUCGAGGUUGCUAGAUGCCCCUCGCCGGGAGAUGAUAGCUGGGCCAUCGUCGGAAGAUUCCCAUCAGAUGGGUAGUAGCGGUUUGUUGAAGAAAUUUUCGUUUGAGGACCGAUCACCUACGACACCAACUCAAGCGGGUACGUCAAAUACCCACAUCGCAGGAUCCAGUCCAAUGACACUGAGCCCGAUUGAAAUGCCGAACCAUAAUCAACUACCAUCCGAAUCACUGCAGACCACACCCAACAAAUAUGAUCGAAGGAGAGCUAUCGAGUCUUUUCCUGUCUCAGCAGCUGGAUCUUCCGAUCUCAACCAUAAUCACAAUCACGAGAUUGGCGAUGUCUUCAAUCCUCAUCGGAACUCUACGAUAUCUGCUCUACCAGGUGAAGGGACAGACUUCACAGUUCCCACACGAAGGAACAAGCGAUUCUCCAGUCAGCUAAAAGGGUUCAGGGAGUCUACUUUUGGUCUGGGAGAGGAAGACGAGGGUGAAUGGGGUAAGAGCGUUCUAAAUUCUACUUGGUUAUCUUCUUCAGCGAAAGAAAAAGGGAAGAUGAGAAAUGAUAGGAUCCCUGUUCCUCCUGAACCACUAUUCCCAUUGUCAUCAUCUCCAUCACAGAUCAUUUCAAGUAAAUCCGGACAUAGAACACCUCCAAGUCACGAUCCGAUAGAAGAAGUAGUCACGCCCAAAUCACCACCACCGCCCGCUCGUCCACGUAAACAGCCUUCAGUGACGUUGGUUCCCAUACCGAACCAGUACACUAAGCAGCCUGAAGAAGAUGAAGAUAGUGAAGUCGAAAUUGAGACUCGAAAAUCAUCUGAAUCGUUCGGGGUGCACUAUAACACCUCGAUCGCGAAAUCGAAAUCGUCCAUAUCGAUUGGAUCGGAGUUGAUCACCCCUUCGACAUCCAUGGAACAAGGUAUAACCGUAAGAGAGAAAGCUGAUUCCGAUGAAGGACACGAACAUGAGAGACAAGGCGAGUGUACAUUUGGAUCAAUCAACGAAAUAAAGAAUAAGGAUACGGAUAAUUGCGAUCAACCAAUUGAACUGAUCAGUCGAGAAGGGUUGGUUAGAAGUUAUCAUUCCAAUCCUCAUAUCUCUUUACCGGCCUCUGCAAUUCAUUCACGCUCUACCACUCCCGAUUUGAUCCCAUCGUCAUCUAAUACGAAACUAAAACCUAAUUUGGUACAUCAACAAUCGUAUUCCACCUUCGAUUCUACACCUUAUAAAGUAUUAGAGGAAGAUGAUCUAUUGGAUGGUUUGGAUAGAGCCAACCCUGAAGAAAGAGCUUCGAUCGCUUUGUCCAUUUUGAGCAGUAGAACUUCAGCUUCCAUGCAAAGUCUGCAUGAGCUCAGUCAAGCUACCGUUAGGACGGCUUACAAGUUACCUCCUGUAGGGGAGGUUUCACCUAUCACUACUUUAUCGACAAGUAAUCCGUUCAUCAAUAAAAGCACCACCAAUAGUAACACAAAUAACCAUGGAAAUGAGAUUGAAAACGAUAAAAACAAUGAGGACAAUGAGACUAACGAUAAACACAACAGUACGAAUACGAACAGGUGUUCAUCAGGCGGACUAAAGUUGAUAGAUGAUUCAAGUGAAUCUGGAAGUAUAAGUCUGGUAUCUACUUCGGGGUGGGGUUCUGAGGAAAAUGAUGGAGAAGGCGAAGCGAAAGAUGCUAUGGAUGCUUUGGGUGAAGCUGCUAGGAAAUUGAGGAGUUCUUAG